AUGACCUUGGCUCACUCGCUGAAGUGCUACACCUGCAUCGCCCAGUCCAGCAACGACCAGUGCAUGAUCCCCACUGACUGUACCGAUGGUGACAAAUACUGUGCAACAAUAAUCGGGACUGACAAAUCUAGCUCUUCCGGUGCAGUGCGCAUCACCAAGCUGUGCCUGCCUAUGUGUACAGCUGCCAGCCAGCAUGCCGGCCUGGGAGACGUGUCUACCUCCUGCUGCCAGAGGGACUAUUGCAACCGCAGCGGGGCGGCCAGCUUGAGAAUCAGCUACGCAACGCUGGAGCCGCAGCUCGGCAUGUCCAGUACGUUCACUGCCAUGUUCGUGGGGUUGAAAGCACAAGAAGCUCAGUUGAAUAGUGCUGCCCUCUCCGGACAAGCCUGCCUGAGCUCUAGCUUGUGA